CUAAAAAAUUAUUUCCAAUGUUCAGAUCAUCCAAAUAGUUUUCGUAGUAGUUUUAUACUUAAAUAUUAUGGUAUCACACAGCAUUCCGAAACCAAAAAUUAUAUGAUUGUGAUGGCCUUUGCGCCAAAUG